AUGGUUCAUUAUAAAAAUCGAUAUUUGAAUUAUAUACGAAGAAAACCAUUGGCAUUAUUGGCUCCAGUUACGUUAUUAUUCGUGGUUUAUCUUUUCUUCUUUUCAUCAUCUAGUCUUACUUCAUCCAAACUGAAAUAUCAAUAUAAUAAGAAAUCAAGAGGAUGGUUUUAUAAGAAUAGAGAUUCUAUAAUAUUGAAAAACUUACCAAAGAAUCAUAUUAGUCAUUAUGAUUUAAAUAAAUUAUCUGCUAGUAAAGAUGCAUUGAAACAUCGAGAAGAAGUUUUAAUUUUAACUCCAAUGUCUAAAUUUUUACCUGAAUAUUGGGACAAUUUAAAUAAAUUAACAUAUGAUCAUUCUUUAAUUUCUUUAGGUUUUAUUUUCCCAAGAACUACUGAAGGUGAUGAUGCUUUAAAAGAAUUGGAAAAUGCCAUGAAGAAAUCUAAAAGAGAAAAGAAAUUAAAUUUUAAGAAAAUCACUUUAUUAAGACAAGAUUCAAAUUCUUUACAAAGUCAAUUGGAAAAAGAUCGUCAUGCUUUUAAAGUACAAAAAGAAAGAAGAUCUAUGAUGGCAUUAGCAAGAAAUUCUUUAGUUUUCAGUACUAUCUCACCUUCAACUUCUUGGAUCUUGUGGUUAGAUGCUGAUAUUGUUGAAACUCCACCUACUUUGAUUCAAGAUUUAACUUCUCAUAAUAAACCAGUUGUUUCUGCCAAUGUUUAUCAAAGAUUUAUUGAUCCAGAAACUAAACAACCUUCUAUUAGACCAUAUGAUUUCAAUAAUUGGAUUGAAAGUGAAGAAGGUUUGAAGAUUGCUGCUGGUUUAUCAGAUGAUGAAAUUAUUGUUGAAGGUUAUGCAGAAAUGGCUACUUAUAGACCAUUAAUGGCACAUUUCUAUGAUGCUAAAGGUGAUAAAAAUGCUCAAAUGGCAUUGGAUGGUGUUGGUGGUGGUGCUGUCAUGGUCAAUGCUGAUGUUCAUAGAGAUGGUGCCAUGUUCCCUUCAUUCCCAUUCUAUCAUUUGAUUGAAACUGAAGGUUUUGCAAAGAUGGCCAAGAGAUUAGGUUAUGAAGUUUUUGGAUUACCAAACUAUUUGGUUUUCCACCAUAAUGAAUAG